AUGCUCCGGGAGAGCACCGGGGAGGACGGCGUCCGCGUGGGCACGAUCCGGGCGACGCUGUUCCGCCACUUCGGCGACGACGCGAGCCCCAAGGUCAAGAGGUUCGUGCAGGCCAUGGCGGCAGGCAAGCUCCGGCGGCAGGGCGGCAAGCUGCCGGAGGGAGACGACAACGGGGAGCGGGUGGAAACUCUCGGCCUGGCCGCCUUGGCCUCGGGACAGGAGGCGCGCGGCGUCAGGGAGGUCUACGCCGGCACGGCGGCGAGCGUGCCCCUGCCCCGCAACGGCGUCCUGAUCAGCGGCUGCCAGACGGACCAGACCUCGGGGGACGCGACCACGGCGGAGGGCGUGUCCUACGGCCUGCUCAGCAACGCCAUCCAGACCAUCCUCGCCAGGAACAAGCGCGGGGCGGUGACGAACAGGGAGCUGGUGCUCAAGGCGCGGGAGCUGCUGUCCAAGCAGGGGGCCACUAAUCAGCAGCCCGGGCUCUACUGCAGCGAUGAGCAUGCCAGUGCGCCUUUCAUAUGCUGA